AUGAAGGCAUUCAGCUGCCACCAUGUGGUUCGUCUCUUGGGUGUUGUCUCCAAAGGUCAGCCUACACUGGUUAUUAUGGAACUGAUGGGGAAUGGAGACCUUAAAAGCUACUUGCGUUCACUACGCCCUGAUGCUGAGAAUAACCCAGGCCGUCCAGCUCCCUCCCUACGAGAAAUGAUUCAGAUGGCUUCAGAGAUUUCUGAUGGCAUGGCUUAUCUCAAUGCCAAAAAAUUUGUACAUCGUGAUUUGGCUGCUCGAAACUGCAUGGUUGCAGAAGAUUUCACUGUGAAAAUUGGAGAUUUUGGGAUGACUCGUGACAUCUAUGAGACGGACUAUUAUCGAAAAGGGGGAAAAGGGCUGUUACCAGUCAGGUGGAUGUCCCCGGAAUCCCUGAAAGAUGGAGUGUUCACCACCUUCUCAGAUGUCUGGUCCUUUGGUGUAGUGCUGUGGGAAAUAACAACUUUGGCUGAACAGCCCUAUCAGGGUCUAUCCAAUGAACAGGUCCUCAAGUUUGUUAUGGAUGGAGGGUCACUGGAACAGCCAGAAAAUUGUCACCCCAGACUUCACAGUCUGAUGCAGAUGUGUUGGCAAUACAAUCCCAAGAUGAGGCCUACUUUCUUGGAGAUCAUUGAUAUGCUAAAGGAUGACCUCCAUCCAAGUUUUCAGGAGGUAUCCUUCUACUAUAGUGAGGAAAAUAAACCUCCUGAAGCAGAUGAUCUUGAGAUGGAUUUUGAAAAUAUGGAGAGCACCCCUCUGGAUCCGUCUUCCUGUUCAUUACGGGACGAGGGACAGCGAGGAAAUAUUUAUGAGGAACAUAUCCCCUACACCCACAUGAAUGGGAGUAGGAAAAAUGGACGAAUUCUGUCUCUGCCUCGUUCCAGCCCAUCCUAA